ACUCUCUUCUCUAUGCAAGCACAGGCAUUAAAACACAUCAGGAGGCGGGGGGAUAUUGACUAGGCUGUGUCUCCCUCACACUCGUGUUUGGUCGGCAGGCAAUCUACCAACUGUCAAUCACGGAGAGGCGACCCAAGUUGGGAACCAUCAAACAGCCUGACUUCUGGUGUCAGUGCUGAGGGGGAUCUAUUUCAGCGUGACACGCCAUCAGCGGCAAAUCUAAAGAGGGCUCCAUUGUCAGAUUCCUGAUGACAACCAACUCUCUGACCACUUGCUGCGAGUCCACCGGCAGAUCCAUAGCCGACUCUGGAGUAGCGGCGUCCGGGCAGACACCAGUCUACUGCCCCGUGUACGAGAGCCGGCUGCUUGCCACAGCGAGGCAUGAACUGAGUUCAGCCGCCGCGCUGGGCGUGUACGGGAGCCCCUACACCAGCGGUCAAGGAUAUGGGAAUUACGUUACAUACGGCACGGACGCCUCGGCUUUCUACUCGCUGGGCACAUUCGAUACUAAAGAUGCCACAGCUUCUGCGCAUGCGGGAAUAACCCAGGCGACAGCCUACUACCCUUAUGAUCCUACCCUGGGACAGUAUCAGUAUGACAGAUAUGGUUCCAUGGAUGGAGGAACAAGGCGAAAGAACGCAACGCGUGAAACGACCAGCACGCUAAAGGCCUGGCUGCAGGAACACAGAAAGAACCCGUACCCAACUAAAGGCGAGAAGAUCAUGCUGGCCAUCAUCACCAAGAUGACUCUGACGCAGGUGUCUACCUGGUUCGCAAACGCCAGGAGGAGGCUCAAGAAGGAAAACAAGAUGACAUGGCCGCCCAGAAACAAGGGCUCAGAGGAGAAGAGAUAUGACGAGGAUGAGGACGGGUCUCAGGAGGAGCAGAUAAAAAGCGAAAACAAUGAGGAUGAAACCCGAAGUCGGGCUGAUAAGGACCUUCAGUUGAGCGACUUGGACGAUUUCGACACUCUGGAGUCUGAGAGCUCGGAGUGUGAGCUGAAGCACCGAUACCACAUGAACACACACAUGUCAACGACGAACGACUGCCCCACUGAACACCUCAUCAAGGACACGUCUCUGAAAAUCUCCAUCCCCGUCUCUCUCGGGGGGGAGCAGGACUUGAGCAAAAGUUGUCUCAAAACGAAUCCGGAGGAUUUCCAGCCGGACAGCAGACAGCAAGCAAAGGCGUGCUAUAAUCAGCAGCAACAACAGCAGCAGCAACAAGGGCACCAGAUAUUAGACGGCAAACCUCGGAUCUGGUCUUUGGCCCAGACCGCGACAUCCCUGAACCAGACUGAGUACCCGUCCUGUAUGCUGAGGUGCCAGCCGCCGCCCUCCUCCCUCACCCCGUCCCCCGCCGCUACCUCACCCGUGGCCGGCCUGGACAACAGGCAGGACUCGCCGGUCACGACCCUGAGAAACUGGGUGGACGGGGUUUUCCACGACCCCUUGUUCAGGCACAGCACUUUGAGCCAGGCUCUGACCAACACCACCGUCUCUUGGACCACGAACACCAAAGGCGCCAUUCUGGAGGCUGAGAGGAGCGCGGCGGCCUUGCAGCAGCAUCAAGACUCCUCCAAAGACAGUGCCAUGAGUUUCCCAAAAACUAUCAACAAACUCUUCUGUUCCUAACAAAACCAAAUGACCCUUUUGUUGCUAAAAGACACAGACUUUUGUGGCUGACUGAGAGUCGGAUGGAAAAGCAUACUUCGUCUUCAUGUUCCCCUCAUUAUGUUUUAUUCGUUUUUUUAAAAGCAAUGGUAGGCUAUAGCUGUUACAUUGGCGUUACAAGUGAAACAUUCGGAUCGGUUUGGCUUAUUUGAUUCAACGCACGCACAAAACUUAUCGAAAUGUAUAACUACAAGUUUACAUCUUGGGAAAAAAAAUAGGCCUGAGGUUUACAUGAUUUAUUUUUUACUUUUCUUUACUAUGCGCAUGCAAAUGUAAUUGAAUAUUAUUUAGGUCUCAGCAGUUGAGUAUCACUAUUAAAUGAAAAAAAGUCUCACAAAUGCACAGCUCUCCUGUAGGAAGUGGAUGAGAGCGUUUCAACUUUGUUCACUGAAAAUAAAAGCAGUCGUUUUCUGAGGAGCGCUUGUGAUGUUGGGUUAAUAUAAGAGUUGCUGUCCAUGGUGCUGAAAAAAAAGAAUGUCCUUGCUUUUCUUCCUUGGUCUGUCUUUUGAAAUGUAUU